AUGUCUGCCGACUCGCAAACGAUGAUCAGGUGGGAAACCGCACAAGACGGUUUGGACAAGUUGACCAAAUCCACCUGUCCAAUUCCCGUACCGGGUGAGGGUGAAGUGCUUGUCGAAGUUCGUGCAGUGUCUCUGAAUUAUCGAGAUACUGAAGUGGCCAUGGGCCUUUAUACUCACCACAAAGCCGUUGGGGCGAGCCCAAAAGUCGUACCCUGCUCAGAUAUGUGCGGUAUUGUGGUUGGGAUCGGGAAUUCAAAGCAUGGCUGGAAUAUCGGAGACCGUGUCUUGUCCAUUUUCUGCCAGACACAUCUCACCGGCCAGAUCAAAGAGAAGGACAUGGCCUUUGGUCUCGGGCUGCCUCUUGAUGGUGUACUUCAGCAAUAUAGAGUCUUUCCAGCGACGGGCUUGGUCAAAGCUCCUGAUUACCUCAAUGAUGAGGAAGCAUCCACUCUCCCUAUUGCUGCAGUCACAGCAUGGAUGUCUAUCAACGAAAUGAGACCCAUCAAUCAUCCAGGUGGGCACGGAGAAACAAUUCUACUGCAAGGGACCGGUGGAGUUUCCAUAAGUGGCCUACAAAUAGCACAUGCCGCCGGUGCAAAGACAAUUGUAACUUCCUCCUCGGAUGCCAAACUUGCUCGGGCCAAGGCGUUGGGAGCGACAUUCACGAUCAACUAUCGCAAGGAUCCAGACUGGCAGAAAACCGUGAUGGACUUGACCGAGAACGAGGGUGCCGACAUUAUAUUUGAGACGGGAGGCGCACAUACUCUAAGGAAAUCAUUCGACUGUGUUGCGUUUGGGGGUCUCAUCGAUUGCAUUGGUUAUCUAAGUGGGAAGCAAGACGAACCUACCGAUCGCACCAAUACCAACGUCCUUGCGUUGCGGCGCAAUGUCACGCUGAAAGGAAUCCUCAACGGGCCCAAGGACAGGUUUGAAGAAAUGAUGCGCUUCUAUGAUGCGAAGAAGAUCAGGCCUGUGGUCGACAAAAUUUUCCCCUUUGACGAAGCCAAAGAAGCCUUCCAGUAUCUAUUUGGAGGGGGACACUUUGGCAAGGUUGUUAUACGGGUCAGUCCCUGA